UCACGAGUCUUUGCAUGGUGGUGACGUUUGCAUGCAUAAAUGGUUGCAUUCAUCACAUAUGGUGGUCUGUAAGUUUCAUAUUGCCUCAAGUGCUUCUAGUGUGACAAACUUGUUGUUUGCCGUAGUCACGCAUUCGUCUAGUUUACUCUCUAAUAGGUGAGUGUCCUGACGAAUCGGAGGGGAUUGGAGGAGGUUUGUUUAUUGACGAGCAGCCGGCGGAAAGGUUUGAGAUCUGUGCUGCGACCAACUACACAUUACAAGUGCAUGGAUCGUAUGAUGUCAAGCGGCUCACAUGUCACAGACUGAACCGCACGAAUGUGGUGAACGAGUACACCUACUGGAUCAGUAGCAAGGCAUGCGGUGAGGACGACUGCUGUAGCAUUGUUGGAGCUCCUCAAGCCACUUGUUCGAACAGUAGUCUCAAUAUCACAACGAAAAUGACGAUACAGUGUUGCUGUGAUGCUGCAAAGACCGGGUCUGGGUUGGAAGUAGUGGCAGGAGAGCCAGUCAGUUGUGAUGAACUCCGGCCUCGUGUUGAGGGAAAAAUCGAAGAACAAAAUAUCAUGGAUCUGACUGAUGCCACAAGGGAACAGAUUGCGUCAAGACUUAGAGAGGGUGAGGACCUGGAGGAUCUGGUUACUAUCAAGAGGGUGGCUAUGGAGGUUUCCGAUGUGGAGAUAAACUGUAGGGAAGGGUACAGGUUGAGUCGUGAUGGGCAGACGUGUGAAGAGUGUGUGCGUGACUCGAUGUUCUGUCGUUCAUCUGAAGACGCGGAGGUGUGCAGCAGCCAUGGAGAGUGUGAGUGUGGUGAGUGCCAGUGCCAGGAGGGAUGGCAGGGCAGGUUCUGUGAUUGCACGACAGAAAUUUGUCCGAGUGACGAAUCGGGUCGAAUUUGUAGUGAACAUGGUGACUGUAUCCUCCAGAACUGCAGUCAGCCGAGAUGUGAGUGUCACCACAGAUGGUAUGGUGACCUGUGUGAGUGCAGUGAUGUCCGCUGUCCUCGGGGUACCAAUGGAUGGAUGUGUAGCAGUCGAGGUACCUGCACAUGUGGCAGAUGUGAUUGCCCGGAGGGAAUUCUUGGGCUCGCCUGCGAGAGUUGCCGUCAAAUUGAGGACAUUCCUGGAAGAGUAGUUCUAACUGGUGGUCCCGGAGCACAAUACACUGACUGUUUCUAUACGUGUUCUCCAAGGAGUACAAACCGAGUGCUGGUGAAGGUGGUGGCUGUAGGACGACACUGUAAGAGUGCAGAUGUUACCAUUUCCAGUGGUAGAUGCAACAACAAGACGGACUCCAGCUCUCUGUGCAAUGAUGAGUCCGUGUUCUAUCUCUCAACAUCUAAUUGUCUGUGCUUCACCUUCCGCAGGCCAGUAGGAUUGAAAGUAGAGCUGAAGUUUGCAUCUCACGAUGGACGUCUCGCGCCUCUCGUCGAUUUCCUUUUCAAGAACAACAUGUUAGAGGAAUAUGCAAUGGAUGCAGACGGCUGGUCCCGACUCGAACUCAUUCUGCUGUAUCCAUCAAGAGCUGAUACGACACGAUCCACCAAACCAUUUUUCGACAUGCUCCCAAAGGUGUACCAAGAUCUGCUGAAAAGCUUCAAGUAGUUAGUCGAGCAGUACAUACCCUAAUUAGUGAAACUAAACAGUCACUGCUCGUCCAUAAGUUGAGACCUCGGGUUGACAUUAUGUGUUGUAAGGUAGAGGUUAGCCAUAAUACUACACACCAGUGUUGUUUUAAUUUGUAUAGUUGAUGUAGUGGGAUCAGACAAGAAUAACCAACUGCAAAUAGGCGUAUCACCUA